GCUGGGAAAAGGUCAGACACCGGACCGACCUUACAUAUGUCCUCAAGACGAUCACCCCUUGCCCACCCCGUCGUCUAUGAGACGUCUCUCUCUUUCCAUAUUGAAUGACCAGAGGAACAACAUCUAGCCUUAUCUGCUGGUAGAUAUCGUUUCCUCCCGUCCCAUUAUAUCUCACCCUGUUGCUGUACUCGGCUAAAUAUUUGGCAAUAUCUUUACGAAGUAUGGGUUCUCGAAAUUACCAUCACUUGACUCAACAAGUGGCUAGCCGAGAUAUGGUCCUCGGGCGCACCCUUACACCGACAGCUCAUCAAUAUACGGAGUCGCUGGUUUUGGAUAUCAUUCUGGGUCACUUUGCAUGGGCAACAUUCACCGGUCUUACGACUGCACACUUACAAUUCCGAGAGCUCAGUUAUCUUGGCUGGUUCGAUCGACAUGCAAGCGGCCAUCGUCUGUCCACGAAGCUCACCCACUCGACGAAAGCCCAAUUCGCAUACCCCCUAUUGGCGGUGCUCCUCUUCCAGAAGCUCCAUGACGGCAUCUGCAUCUUCCUCGGGGUCCCUCAUAUAUUGACUCGUUCUGUUGCCCAUUUCACAACAACACCAACAACAGACCGAUACAGGGACACCUUCGCCUCGGGUCUGUCCCCUAACCGCCGUUCAGACAUCCUCGCCUUGCCCUUGUCAGCUACUCUGAUCUCUCCCAAGCGCCGCAUGAGAAUCGAUGCCUGGCGCCACGAAAUUGCCUUAUCUGCCGCCGAGUGCAGCUGUGCGACAAGAUCUCUACCGUCCCUAGCUGCUCAGCGGGGUGGUGAUAAAGGCUUGGGUUCCGUCUUCCGGAAGAGAUACCCACAGAAUAUUGCGGUCGAUGGUUGUACAAGAAGCAUUGACGGCAUCUACACAUAUAUCGGCGACAACCAACCAAGCCACUCGAUCUCUUCAGGAGAAAUGGAAAAUAUGCAGGCCCGAGGUCACUCAUUCCCUGUCUGCCAUACCUGCGCACGUCUGGGUGCUCCGGCCUUUAUGGCCGAAAACACGGGGAAUAAAAGCAGCAGUUUACACCUCCCUGGCAAUGACAGUCUGGAUGAGGGCUGCAUUAAGCCCAGAAAAGACCACAACUCCAGGGCAAGCGCCCUGUCUAUGCCACGUAAAUUCCAAAGAGCAUGCUUUGAACAGCAUAGAAAAGCUUUGACCUACCGCACAAAGGCCGAUGCUCAUGCAGACCAUCACGUAAUCGGUCGGUUCACGCAUCUCACCGAGCACCAGUUACCAUCGCCUUUCGGCCCGCACUAA